UCCUUGGACCGGAAGAGGGGUCUGACCGGAAGUGGGGUGGCGGCAGCGUGGGCUAGCCAUGGGUCGGAAGAAGAAGAAGGGGUCUGGAAGUGCGGCAUCGCGGCUGGUGGUGACUUUUGAUGAGGAGAGGCGGAGGGAGUACCUGACUGGCUUCCAUAAACGGAAGGUGGAGAGGAGGAAGGUGGCCCUGGAGGAGAUCAAGAGGAAGCUGAAGGAAGAGCAGAGGAAGAUGAAAGAGGAGAGGCACAAGGAGUACCUGAAGAUGCUGCGUGAAAGGGAGGAAGCUCUUGAUGAGUUUGAUGAACUGGAGCACUUGGUGACAUCGCGGACAGAGUCAGUGAACAUUGACCACCCAAACCAUAUUGUAACAGUGACAACCAUCAGUGACCUGGACCUCUCAGGUGCACGCCAGCUGGGACUGACCACCUCUGAGGGAAAAAGUGAAGAAGAAGAGAAGGGGGAAGAGAUGGUGAACAAGCCUGCAAGAACAAUGCCCAAGAAGUCCAGAAACCCUUUCCUAUCUGAAAAGAUCUCUUCUCUUACUGCCACGCUGCACAUGCACAGCCGGAAAAAGAAGAAAGGAAAGCGACCCCAGCGUGGGCAAGGUCCAUUUAAGAAAAUCCAGAAACCCAGCAUGAGGCGAACCACUAAGACUCAGCGACGGAGACUGACGGGCAAAAUGGGCCGCGACCAAGAUUGAGAGCCAGGUGCUCAGAGCUGCAGCUGGGACUGUUUUCAGCAGCUGGGCUGCUGUUCCUUGCGACCCCUUUGUAACAAUCAAGGACCUUGUUUACUUGGCUCUCUGAGCCCAGUUCAGCCUUAUUCACCUGCUGUGUGUUGGCCACAGGCACUAGACACUGCAUUUAUUUUGCAGUGGUCUCCAAUGAAGUACCUAGGUGCCACAGAAUCUCUGAAAUCUUCUGUUGGAGGUCAGAUUCUCUGUAUGGCAUAACCCUCAACUGGCUUUAUUAAAGGAGAAAAUCUAAAGCUGAAUGCAACAGACACACUGUCAGGGCUGUGAGACUGGGGAGAGCUCCGCUUCCGCUUGUGAACCAAUGCAUUGCUAUUUCUGCAGUGCAGUAAAUUCUUUUUCCAGGAUGAUAUGGUGUCAUCUUGUCUCAUGUUUCUUCAUCUGUGCCACAGCCAAAUGCAGGGAUGCUUUUUUUUUUGUUUGUUUUGUUUUUCAGGUUGGUGGCCCUGCCUGUGGCAGGGGGUUGAAGAUUCAUGACCCUUGAGGUCCUUUCCAACCCGGGCCAUUCUGUGAUUUUUUUGGUGUCUAUCCCAUAUGAAAUUCAGUAAGUUUA